UGUGCAUAUAGACGAUUGGGGGCGCAUAUAUACGGUGGGGAGGGGAGAGGGGGGUGGUGGGGAGGGAGGGAGAGGGGAGGUUGUGUGUGUAGGAGGGGGGUGGCGCGUAUCGAUGGGGCGCCGAAUGGAGCGCGUAUACACGGUGGAUGGGGCGCGUAUGCACGUGGACGACGGGCGCGUAUGCACGGUGGAGAAGGAGGCGUAUGCACGUGCGAGGGGAAGGGUGGCGAAGGGUGGAGGACGCGCUCGCUUGCACCGACAGGAAGACGCUCACGCACACCGAUGGGAAGACGCUCGCCCGUGCUCACGCAGGGGGGAGAGGUGGGGAGAGGGCGAGGGGGUGGCGAAGGGUGCGAGGGGAAGGGUGGAGAGGGGAGAGGAGGGCGAAGGGGUGGAGAGUGCGAGGGAGAGGGUGGGAUGCGUGUAUACGGUGGAGGAGGGGGCGGCCCGCCCGACGGUGGAGGACGGGCGCGUCUGACGAGAGACGGAGAGCUGCGCCCAUCGACGUUGUGGAGGGCUCGCGCCCCGCCCGACGAGCGAGGAAGAUCUGCGCCCCGCGCGAUGAGCGAGGGAGAGCUCGCUCACAGCGCCAGGAGGACGCUCGCUCACGCCGAUGGGAAGACGCGCGCACGCCGCCAGGAAGACGCUCGCACCGACGAGCGAGGAAGACGCUCACGCCGACAGGAAGACGCACGCAAUGGGGGGGAGAAGACGCUCUCACCGACGAGCGAGGAAGACGCGCGCGCACGCCGACGAUGGAGGAGCUGCGCCCCGACCGACGAGCGAGGAAGACGCUUACCCCGACGAGCGAGGAAGACGCGCUCACUCACGCCGACGUCACGCUCACGCCGGUGGGAAGACGCUUGCUCACAGCGGCAGGAAGACGCUCGCUCACGCCGACAGGAAGACACCCGCUCACACCGACGAGCGAGGAAGACGCGUCCCGCCCGACGGUGCAGGAAGACGCACACACGCUCACGCAGGGAGACGCACACGCCGACGAGCGAGGAAGACGCGCGCUCGUGCUCACUCAGGAAGACGCUUGAGAGCGGUCACGCAGGAAGGCACGCUCACGUCGAUAGGGAUCGAGGUGCGUGGACGGAGGGGAUCGAGGGAAGAGGAGGGGUGGAAGGUGCGAGGGGAGGGUGGGGGAGUUGUGGAAGGAGGACGAGGGGGGCGGAGGAGGGCGGAGGAGGGUGUGUGGUGCGACGGCGGAUGGUGGCGAAGGAGGGAAAGGGGAGUGGAAUGAUGGGGUGGGGCGAGGGUGGAUGGGGCGAGGGAGGUGGGGGAAGAGGGGGGGCGAGGAGAAAGGUGGCGAAUCCGGACGCAGCAGCCCGAGGGUGCCGACGAAUGGUGCGAGGGAGGAGGAGGAGGCGAGGGCGCACCGACGGAUGGGGCGAAUCCGAGGGCGCACCGGCGAAUCCGUGCGUGCUGGUGGAUGGGGCGAGGAGGGAAGAGGGGGGUGGAAGGCGAUGGGGGUGGAGGGAAAGGAGGGAGUGCGAGGGUGAGGGUGGUGUGGGAGUGAAUGAGGCUAGGAGAGGGGUGGAGGGGAAGGGGGGAGGGGAAGGGUAGACGUGGGGAGAAAGGGUAGACAUUGGGGAGGAAGGGUAGACAUUGGGGAUGCCGUGGCC